GCGGGGCCGGGCGGCCCGGGGGGUGACGGGAAGGGAGGCCGGCCCGGCACCGCCCAGCCCCGGGCUCCGGGCGGGAAGUGGGCGAGCGCGGCGGUGCGGGGCGCGCGGGCGACGGGCCAGCGGGAUGGGAGCAGGGUCCCCCGGCGGCCCGCAGCCUCGGGAGCCACGCUGAAGCCGGGGGCGGGACCAGCGCGGAGCCGACAUGUGUCUGCGCCUCGGGGGCCUGAGUGUGGGCGACUUCCGGAAGGUGCUGAUGAAGACAGGCCUGGUGCUGGUGGUGCUGGGCCAUGUGAGCUUCGUCACAGCUGCCCUGUUCCAUGGCACGGUUUUGCGCUACGUGGGCACCCCCCAAGAUGCGGUGGCUCUGCAGUACUGCGUGGUCAACAUCCUCUCUGUCACUUCCGCCAUCGUGGUCAUCACCUCAGGCAUCGCAGCCAUCGUGUUGUCACGCUACCUCCCCAGCACCCCCCUGCGCUGGACAGUGUUUAGCUCGAGCGUGGCCUGUGCUCUCCUCUCUCUGACCUGUGCCCUCGGCCUCUUGGCCUCCAUCGCUGUGACCUUUGCCACCCAGGGCAAGGCACUGCUGGCUGCCUGCACUUUUGGGAGCUCUGAACUACUGGCCCUCGCACCUGACUGUCCCUUCGACCCCACACGCAUUUAUAGCUCCAGCCUGUGCCUCUGGGGCAUCGCCCUAGUGCUGUGCGUGGCGGAGAACGUGUUUGCCAUGCGCUGCGCUCAGCUCACCCACCAGCUGCUGGAGCUGAGGCCCUGGUGGGGGAAAAGCAGCCACCACAUGAUGCGGGAGAACCCAGAGCUGGUGGAGGGCCGUGACCUGCUGAGCUGCACCAGCUCUGAGCCUCUGACCCUCUGAGAGAUGAUUUCCUGCCCAGGCCCCAUGGCCACUAGGACCCUGCAAGCAACUCUGCUCGGUGACCAGGCCAAGAUUCCUGGAGCUGGCCUGAGAGGGCUCAAUGGACCCUCGGGGACCCAUGUGGGGCUUUCAAACCUCUCCCCCACCACCCAGCCCACUGCACUGAAAUGAGACUUUAUUCUGAAAUUAUUAAAAAGAACAGAGAUGCUC